CAAUUCGAUAAAGAAAAAUUAUUCGCUUGAAAACGAGAAAUAGGACACUGCAUCUAUAGAAUUGUCCAACCGUGAACGGAAAGUGACUCAACUUGGUAAUGAGCAAGCCAAAUAGCAGCGAAUUAGAAGUCCCUGUCAGGGAUAUUUCGUCGGCGGCGAAUGUCGAGCGCCCGCCAUUCCGUGCGCCUACAAAACACGAACUCAUCGAGUUUCGCAAGCACAUCGAGGCAGGAAACUGUAAGCAGGUGAAGCGCCUCGUUUGGAAGAACCCACGCUAUUUGAUCAGCAGUGGUGACACGCCGACUACUCUCAAGGAUGGGUUCCGCUACAAUGCCAUGCAUAUAUGCGCUCAGGCUAACCAGCCGCACGUUGCCGAACUGCUACUCAAAAUAAUAUCCGAUCCAGAAUUCGCGCAACUCUACGCUGGCAGGCAGGCAAGCAAGGAGAUGUGUGCCGCGCUUAGUGCGAACCUACUCGACUAUUAUCUGAAUAUACCGGAUAGAGGACGAUGCGAGACGCCGCUGCACUUUGCCGUGAAAUACGGACACGUGGCUGUCGUCGAGCUGCUCACUUCGUAUCCGCAAUGCAAGUCUCUGUUGAACAAGGAUCACCAGUUACCCAAGCACAUGGUUUGCCUGCGAGCACCGCAGACUGAUCCCAUGGUGGUUAAGAAAAUCGAGCUGCUGCUCAACGGGCCCUAUUAUGUGCCCGUCUUGCGUGCCGUCGGUAACGAGUUGUCGCCUCAAGUUGGCCAACCGUUUACGCCAACCGAUCCACCAAAGCUGCAGAACAAACAAGAAGAUCGUGAGCCGCUAUGUGUGCCUUUGGCCAUCGGAGCAUUGGCCGGACCGAUGCCACGGACUCAAGCCGAGAAUUUCUAUCGUCGCUGGAAAACAACGCCGCGCCUGAGCAGCAUCAAGCACUCGCCGCUGGUUAGCCCGCCAUAUAUAUCGCCAACGAAAACGCCGGCCAGGUCCACAUUGAACAAGCGCAGUGGCGCUCGUCGCUUGUGCUUCAGUGUACAUCAAGCAGAUAGUAACCAGAAGCUGGAGGAGUGUGAUGGAGGCACUGAUAAAGGCGGUGAGGAAGUAAAGAAAGUUUUCACAGCUAAGCAACUAUUUGGUCUACCCUCAACGCCUAUGCGUAAGCAACAAUCGAAGCUCUUCAGCGAAUAUCGCGAGAUCAGCUCCUCGCCAUUUACUGACAUACAAGUACAAACGCCAGAAACCAGUUUAAUGGAUACUUCUGUGACCAUGGUGGGUGACAGUUUUCGUGAACGUCACAUCAAGAAUUCGGACAUAGAGAAGGGUCUGGAGAUGGUGGGUCGGCAACUGGCACGCCAGGAGGAUCUUGAAUGGCGCGAAUAUUGGGACUUUCUCGAUAUACUUGUGGAUAUCGCCUCGGUCGAAGGUCUGCGACAACUUGAAAGCUAUUUGGCCGAAAAAUCCCAUCAGAACAGCGAUCGCGAAAAUACAGCUGGGAAGAAUACACUGUUCCAGUUACCCUCGGGCAGUGAGACAGCGGCCACUGCAUCCACUCUCCAGGUCAUGAGGCCCUACAUAUGUGUGGAGAAAUCGUUGCAGGUGUUCGCCAGACGCAUUGCCAAGUCACUGAUAUAUAAUAUUGGCCAGAUGGUCUCCAUAAAUGACAUACUAGUGUCGGAGCUUAAGCAUCUCAAAUCACUUAUAGUCAGCUUUAAAGAAGACGCACGCUUCAAAGACGUCGACUUUGCAAAAGUACAUUCCAGGAUUGCGCACCUAAUGGCCAGCUACAUUAUACACUCACAGGAAAUGAGUUGCGAGACAAUGAGGAAGUUGCUCGAAGCGCUGGACAUGUUGCUGCAUUUGCAGGGCGACUGGCGGGACUUUGGACAUUUGUAUUGUGUUUGCGGCACUCUAUUUCAAAUGUUGAAGCAAUUGCCGCACAUGAAGCUGCUGGAUGCACUCCAGACCGAGGAGCUUUGUGGAGCUGCCUGGGAGAAGGAGCAGUGGUGUCCAUGCCAAUGGGAAGAGCAUCGCAAGCCGAAUCGCCGCAGGCGAGCCGAGUCUCUGCGUGCUCAGAUCGUGCCAACAAAUACGCCUGGACAUGGCUUAGCGCACACUUCAUUAUCCAGCGUGGCGAUUGUGGCGGAUAUUCCUUUAACCGCCUGGCAUAAACGGGAGAAUGCUGAUAGCGAUGAGGAGUUCCCGUUUUAUGAUUGCCGUUCUGAGCCUUAUUUCGCCAGCGAUGAGGAAGAAGAGGUCUUCGUGACGCCGCCCCAGAGCCUUUCGCCUGUAUGCUCAUGCAAAAAUGUGAAGCCUGCCUACGAGCUGUUCAUCUUUGGCAAAGAGCCCACCAAACGUGACUUGGAUGUGCUGAAUGCGAUCUUUCAUGUGGACAUUGCGAAAGAGACACAUCCUCACAUUUACGCCUGGAAAGUGGCCAUGAAAAGUUUCUCGGCAGAUGAAAUGGAUCGAUUUCCAGCUCCAAAAAAUAUCCCCCCCAAUGUACACCUUGGCGGCAGUGUAAAGAGUCCUUCUAAAGAGAAAACCUCGUCGGUAGUUAAGCGUAAGCGCCUAUUUGGCACACCCAAGCUCAAUGCCGUGGCGCCUCGACCAGAGCGCGACGGCACUUCCUUACUUUGAAAUACCCAAUUUAUUUCAAAUUCCCGACCACUUUGAAUAUCACAUUAAAUUCAAAAUAGUAUCCACACGCAUAUUUUUGGUACAGUAGAGGAAAACUAAAAAAGGUAUAGACAACAGGGCACAUUAAAAUUGAAGUAACUGUUCGUUUUUGGUACAUUUUGUUGAUUUCUCUUUUUUUGUUUUUGUUUGGUAAAAAUUCACAUUAUUGUUCAAAAAUUGUCUUUUUCAUGCGGAUAAACAGCGAAAUAAAAUAUUUUUGUAUU